AUGAAUGGAAGUAGCAGGUGGAUCCUGGAGGACCCUGUGAACCGGGCAGAUGGAUUGAUGGUGGUGUACAGCAUCAGUGAUUGAAUUUCCUUCUUCCAUGCCAAAAGUGUCUCAUGGCAGAUCAAAGAUGACCAGGAGGAAAGCAGUAUGGGCACUGCAGGCCGCAGACGAUACAGUGGCUCCAAGUCCACGGCCAAAGCCAUCAAUAAUAUCUUUGGUAAAAGGCGGAAGUCUGUCUGA